UGACAGAGCCCAGAGUCGAAGCGGUCGGAGGCUUUUACGGCUGUGGAAUGCCGGAAAGUAUGUUAUGUGUAAAAGUGGAUACUUUCCAUAAUAAAUGAAAAUGGCCAAUUCUUUAAGAGGAGAAGUACUGAAUCUUUAUAAAAAUCUGCUGUAUCUUGGGCGAGACUAUCCAAAAGGAGCAGACUAUUUUAAAAGGCGUCUGAAGAGUGUUUUCCUUAAAAACAAAGAUGUGAAGGACCCAGAGAAGAUCAAAGAGCUUAUUGGACGGGGCGAAUUUGUAAUGAAAGAGCUAGAAGCCUUAUACUUCCUUAGGAAAUACAGAGCGAUGAAACAACGCUAUUACUCAGAUAUCAACAAAACUAACUGAUCACUAUUACUAUAAUUUGACUGGAAUUCAAUGCCAGCUGUUUAUGUAUACCAGAUAUGAUUAACUAACUUAAAAUGGCAAGAUUUACACGUCAUGUAAAAAAUGCCUGAGCUGCCUUAAUGAACUAAAAUAGGUUUCAACUUCUGUUCACAGAGCUUUAUCAGCAAUCCUUAAUGUUUAAUUUUUAUACAAAACCAGCAAUAUAGCCAACUACCAAUUAAAAAUUAAUGAGUACCCAAUUUUGAAUGAAAAUAUAAUGUACUUAAAAUAAUUUUAAUAAGUUUUUACCAAUUAUUCUUAGCCCAUUUCUCCAUUUACUGACAAGAGAAUGCCAUUUAAUGCAUGUAACUAAGCAAAAUAAUUUAUUGCACAUUAAUUUUCCUUAACUUUUGAAGGAGUACCAUCUUAUUUCCUUAUUUUUGAACCUAUUUGAUAUAUUAACAGCACACAUUCAAGGUUCACUACAAAACAAAUAGCACAUGGUAAUGAUUUAAGUGCAGUUACAGAAAUAAUAUGUAUGGAGUAAGAUUAUUUCUGAUCUUGAAGUAGGCUGCCAGUGACUGGCAUUAUAUACAUACCUAUUUAAUAUCUUCCAUUAUUAAUUUUGCUGCUGACUCCCUUUAGGUCUUAAAACAAGUCACCUGUUGUGUAUCAAUUACCUUUACUGAUAAAAAGUAAUAAAUAAUGUUAUUCUGUUCUUUCAUCAUAAAGGCAGAUCUGUUUUGCAUCUACUUCUUAAUGAGUUAACAUAGUAAAUGGACCUAAAUCUAACAUGGUUUUAAGCAAACACUUAAACCUUUACAUAAUGUUCACAGCACCUU